GUUGCUGGUUGUCGUCUGUCACCGACUGUCGACGUGUGUUUACAUUUUGUGACACAAAAAUGAUAGUUUGACAGUUCUCAAAUGCAAGUGUCCUUGCCGGUAAGGUUUUCAAUUGAUAAUCAAAUCACAGUUCUAUCUUAUACGAAAGGACUUUUAUGUUAGCUUAAUUGUGCAGUUGAUAGCUCUGUAGAUGACAGAAGUGUGCAUUGUUGUCACAGCAGGUAACAAUGCUCUGUUUUUCCCAACCACCCUUGCUACCGCGAUUCAUUCAAACUAGAGCAUUAUUUAAUUUUUCUAAAAUGUGUAGUGUCUCUGUUUCAAAUUCACAUCCUCAACCCCGACCUCAAAAUUUAUGUGUGUUCAUGACCUCAAUACCUUCUAGUGUGUGCUAGCUUGCUGUAUGUUUUGUCCUUUGGCAGCUGCUGCUCUUGCAAACUGAAAUGUGAAAAAAAUCAAUCAUGGCUUUUGAAAGCAAUGCAGACCAAACCGGCAGAAAGGUUAAGCAUGCCAUGUGGGUAAAUGCACGCAGAAGCAGCAGCAGUUCAUCAAUAAGCCCCUCUGUUUCAUUGACGGACUGUGCAGUGGAUCUUAGUACCUCUGUUGACUGCAAUAUAAUACGCCUAGGUUUGGGAAACUUGAGGAAACAUGGUGCUCUAGACCUUUCUCUUGCCCGUGUUCACUCUGUUGGUAGAGCUGCUGAUGUGACAAGUUCAAGAGUGUUUCAGCCUGAUCUUAUAAACCACCAUCUGGAAUAUCAAAGGGAUGAUACUCAGAGUCCUGAUGAGGUCGCCAAGAGACCUCAAAUUAAAAAUGCACGGGUCAGUGCUGCUGAACAGGAACUUGUUUCUAAUGGCAUAACAUCGAAGAAAAGGCCCUCAGAUAGUUCAAAGCCCAACAUCCCUGGAAAUUCAGUGGUGCUGAGCGACUUUGAUCCUGGUAAUAAUUUGGAAUCCUACCAAGUGCCUGUUGUAACUACUGACAAGUUGCAACCUUACCCCCCUGGCUUCAUUACCAUAGUGAAAGAGGGGCCUGCUCAUGAAGUAUCAUCAUCAGUGUUGUUGGCUUCGAUAGAGCAAGAAUUAGAAGCAUUAAAAUCACCCCAACACAUCAAUAGUUCUAUGGCGUCAAAUGAAGAAAUCCAUUUGGAUGCUGUGGAUCAUCAUGGAACAGAGAUUAAGGUGUGUCACUGUCGAAUAGCACUUGAAGAGCGCCUGCACGCUACUGUUAAGGGAUGUUUAGAGUUGAAGCAUCAGGUCGAGUUGGCUGAUUCUAAAUGUGCCAGAUGGGAAAAAGAGGCAGGAGAAUCUUCUGAAUGUGUUGCUAAACUACGAACUAAGGUGUCGGAGCUGGAAAUAGAACUAGCUGCCCGCAAUGCUUCACUUCAUGGCCUCAAAGCUAAGGUUGCCCAACAAUUUAUGGAGAAUGAUGAUAUUAAUGAACGUAGAAGACAAUUUGAACGAGAUAGCAAAGCACAGCUGGCUCAGCUGGACAGCAUUAAGAAGUCAGAGCUAUGGUACAGAGAGCAGCUUCAUCUGACUCAAGUGGAGCGGUGCACUUUGCAAAACCAAUUGAUGUCAACACAAGAAGAUGUGGUUCGCCAAGCUCAUGAACUAGAAAGACUGAGGUCAGAUUUGAAGCGGGUUCAAGAUCAACUGAAAGAGUCUGAAGAAAAAAGUUUAAAGGAAAAACAAAAUUUUACCAUGCGAUUAGAAAAGGCCUUGGCAUUCUCGACACAUCUUCCCAACCAUGAGAACCCCAACAAAUCUCAAAAGGUGGCGGAGGACCAUGCCGUCACAGAGCUCAAGCAGCGCGUCUCGGACCUGGAGCUCAGCCUGGAGGCCAGCAACAGCAACCUGGAGCGGUCCGGGACGGAGAUCGACCGCCUGGUGUCCCGCAGCCUGCAGCUGCAGCGCGAGCUGAGCGAGACCAAGAUGAGGCUGCAGGAGGACCAGGACCGCCUCCUGGCCGCCACCAAGGACCGCGACAAGGCGGAGGCCGCCCUGCAGGAGCGUGAGCGCGCGCUGGCGCUGCUGUCGCAGGAGCACACCACGCUGUCCGUCAAGCUGGAGUGCCAGGCCCGCGAGCGCGCCGACCAGGACGAGGCGCUGCAGACGCUCACGCGCAACUUCACCAACGUGUCGUCGCGCUUCAACGCCAUGCGCGCCGAGACGCAGAGGCUGCGCGAGGAGGCCGAGGCUCGCAGGGAGGAGACUCGCGCGGCCCAGGCGGAGCGCGACGCCGCCCUGGCGCGCCUGGACGACGCGGCGCGCCGCGAGCAGACGCACACCCUGACCGCCAAGCUGCAGGCCGAGGACCGCGACGCCGCGAGGGGCGCGCGCGAGGCCCAGCUGGAGGGCGAGGUGCGAGCGCUGCGCGAGGGCCUGGACAGCGCGCGCGGCGCACACCAGCGCGCCGACAACCUGCACGCCGAGAACCUGCAGCUGGCCGGCCGCAACGACCUGCUGCAGGCCCAGGUGGAGCGGCUGUCCGCGCUGCUGCAACAGAACACCGGGUCGGGCGUCAGGGAGCAGGACGGCGCGGCGCAGCAGGCCAAGGUGGACCAGAUGCAGGUGGAGCAUGCGCAGCUGCAGGUCCAGCUGCGCGGCAGCGGCGUGCAAGUGGAGCAGCUGCAAGCCGAGAACAGUCGCCUCCUGAGCCAGGUGCAGAAGAGCACGGCGCGCCUGGCCGAGCUGACGCAGAGCCUGCAGGUGCUGGAGACGGAGAUGGCGGAGCUGAGGCAGCAGCUGCAGGUGCAGCAGGGCCAGGACGGUCUGGUGGCGCAGCUGCGGGCCGAGAACAGCCUGCUGCAGCGCGACAAGCACGACCUGGGCGCGCGCGUCGACGAGCUCAGCCUGUGGCUGGACACCAUGACGCAGGGCAUGCGCCUCGGGGCGGAGGGCUCCACCGAAGAGCGGCUGCGGCGGCUCAGCACGUCGCCGGUGCACGUGGAGGCCGUGCUGGACGUGCCCGAGGACGCUCGCGGCCAGCUGGAGGUGCUUCGCGACGCCAACAGCGAACUGGCCCUGCACGCUGCGGCACUGCAGCGCAAGCUCGACGCCGUCCUGGACAAGGCCACAGCCGCCACAAACGGCCUGGCCACCGACGCGCACGCGACGCCCGACUUGCUGGCGUCGUCCGGGAAGGACUUGGGGAAGGGCGAGGACUUGCAGACCGCGUCGAAGAAGGACGACGUCCGCGGCCUCCUCGCCCUGCUGCAGGUGUGCUUGUACCGCGCGCGCGAGACCCACCGCGCCAACGGCGUGCACGACGGCCAUGGCGAUCACGUCAUCGGGGAGGGCCUCGGGGAGGGCGCGGACCGGCAGGAGCUCGCCUGCGCUCUGGACAAGUUAGCCGCCAGCCUUGAGGUGCUCGGGCUGGCGCACGGCGGCCGCCCCGACGCCUUGGAGGCCCUGGAGGAGCGCGCCAACCGCCGGGAUGACAUGGUGCGCGCGCUGCUGGGCCGCCUCAAGGACCAGGUCCUCGCGCGCAAGGCGGCCGAGGACAAGUUGGCGGCGCUUGGGGUGACCAACGGCAAGGGCCCCGGCCUGGACCACGGCCUGGACCACGACUGCCACGCUUGCGCGCUCAACGGGGGCGCCCCCGCGGCAGGUGAGUUCGGAGACAGCCUGUCCGUGGCCGAGCACGACGCCGAGCGUGAGGCCGAGCGCCGGCGCCUGGAGCAGGAGGUGUGCGACCUGAAGGCCAACAUCGCCGAGCUGCACCUGCAGCUGUUCAACGAGCGGCGCGACCUGUCGCAGCUGCGCAAGGAGGUGUCCAGCCUGCGCCUGGGGCUGGACACGGCCAACGACAUGCUGGACAGCAACAAGGUGGCGCUGGGCCGCAGCGAGGCGUACGGCCAGGUGCUCAAGGUGUCCAAGGAGCAGCUGGAGCUGCGCUUCGAGAAGGAGCAGCGCGACCACGAGGACUGCCGCCUCCGCCUGGAGCAACUGCAGGAGCAACUGCAGGAGGCGCGCGCCAAGGACCCCCUCAUGGAGUCCAACAUCAAGGCCCUGGGAUACCACCUCCACCAGCGGUCCGGGGAGGUGCGUGCACUGCAGGACCGCCUGGCGCUGCGGGACCGCGAGCACGACGCCCUGCGCGUGCAGAUGGAGCGGCAGAGGGCCGCGGCGCGGCGCGACUACGAGGAGCUGCAGAAGGAGCUGCAGCAAGCGCAGCGGGAGUUUUCGGAAGCCCUGAGAAAAAUGAGCAGUAAUGUUCCUGACCCAGUGCCCUGUGAUGAAGAAGGGCUCUCCGCACUCAUUCAAGAAAGCAAUCGUCUGUCACCAGCAGUAUUAGAUGAUUUAAAGGCUCUCCUGCACAAUCUCAAGGUGGAACUUAAAUCAGUGGAAAGAGACGUUGGUGUUAAUAUAGAGAGGACUGCUGCUGUUGUGCAGCAUGUUUAACAUAUUCUGUGAUGGGUUUUGUAUUUAUUUUGCUAUUGUUUUUAUUUUUUUAAAUCCAUAUUGGUAUCUAUUUUUACCCUGAUGAUUCGGUACUUUUGACGCCUGUCAAAUUUUUAUUCCUUUUCUUUUAAUUGUUAUUUUAACUCUUGUUGGUUUUUGUUUGAUCUGAGGAGGUUUCACUAAUAGGUCUGGUAUUUGGCAUCACAAUGCUCGACUUUUGUUUGCAAAAUUUACAUGUUGUUAUCUUUUUGUUAAGAACAAUAUUUGUUUUGUUUCCAAUUUUGUUUCAACCGACAAGGAUAUUACCAUUUGACUUUCUCUUGUGAUUCAUCAUGUUUUUUUGUUAUUUUUUUCCUUUGUUUUAGUUUUUUGUGUUGUUUGCUUUUAAAUUUGUUGUGUCUUUAGUAGUGAACCAUGCAUUGUGGUCUGACUCUCUGUGAUCCUUAUCUUUUUAUAAGUGAAACAUUUAUCUUUUUUAUAUAUAGGCUGAAGUUUGUGCCAAAGUCUGAGGCCCCAAAGAUUCUUGCGUUGGCAUGUGAUAUGUAUUUUAAUUUAUAGAUGUACUUAAAUUGACCCAUUGGGUCAUAAGUGCCCACAUUAUUUUUUUACAUGUAAUCUUUUAAGACAUGUAGAACAGUCUAUAUACUUUUGUCCAUUGAAAAAUGAACAUUCCUUCAUAUUUCUUUCCAUCAUGUAUUAAAAACGAGUGUCAGUAUUAUC